UGCUGCCAGCACACCAGGAAGUAGGGUUAAAAUUUCUCUACACAAAUUAGCUGAGAGGGACGGAGCGCGCGCCCGGAAACGCGGAAUAGUUUUGAUUUUUAUUUUAUUUUACGUUAUUGUUAUUAUUUUUUUCAAAGGAAGGAAGCGCAGACUCUUUACUUUAUAAUUCUCCACGUUGCUGAGGAAGGUCUGAUUCUGAAAAGAUGGACCCGACGCUUGCUGAAAUCGGGAAUCACCUCUCAGAUGCCAUGAAGAUUUUGGAGAGUGGCCAGCUAGAGACGGCGCAGGACGCAGAGAGACGGCAGCUCAGCUGGAGAGACAUUCCAGGACCCUUACAGGGAGACGGACAGAAUUUCGUGACGAUCCUGCAGCUCGUUCAGAACCUCAUGCAUGAUGAUGAGGAUAGACAGGGCCACCGCAGGAUGCAGUGUGUUGGAGAGCAGGGUCACAUGGCUUUACUGGGUCACAGCCUGGCUGCUUACAUCUCCAUCCUGGAUAAAGAACGUGUGAGAAAACUGACCACACGCAUCCUCUCAGACACCACGCUCUGGCUCUGCAGACUCUUCAGGUAUGAGAACGGCUCGGCGUAUUACCACGAGGACGAGCGAAACGGGUUGCUGAAGGUGUGUCGACUGGUCAUUCACUCUCGCUACGAUGAGUAUGCCACAGAGGGCUUCAGUGUGUUCAGUGUCAGGGCGCCGGUCAUUUACCUGAGUGCAGCGUGCAGGCCGGGGCUGGGAGAACACCUGUGCAGCCAGUUGGGCCUGCCUCUGUCCAGCGUCUGCAGCGUGCCGUGCAACACCAUGUUCGGCUCUCAGCACCAAAUGGAUGUGGCCUUGCUGGACAAGCUCAUCAAAGAGGACAUCGAGGCGGGGAAGCUUCCUCUGCUUUUAGUCGCAAACGCUGGAACUCCCGGUGCGGGUCAUACAGACAAGCUGAGUCGUCUGAAAGAGUUGUGUGUUCAGUACAGCAUGUGGCUCCAUGUGGAGGGUGUCAACCUGGCAACCCUGGUGCUUGGUAACGUCUCCUCUGCAGUCACGGCAGCCACUAAGGGUGACAGUAUGACGUUGACUCCUGGCCCGUGGCUCGGACUUCCGGCUGUUCCUGCAGCGACUCUUUACAGACAUGCGGAUCCUGCACUAUCUUUAGCAGCAGGUCUCACUUCCAGUAAUCCAGUGGAGAAACUUCAGGCUCUUCCUCUCUGGCUUUCGUUGCAGUAUCUUGGACACGAUGGGAUUGUAGAGAAAGUCCAACAUGCCUCGCAGCUUAGUCAGCAGCUUCUGGCGCAGCUGAAGUCUUUGGCUUCCAUAAAGACCUCGGAUGUCCUUGACAGUAAGAUCUCUCUCCUGGAGGCUUUGAGUAUGGUCGAGGAUGAGCUCCGUUCCCCAGUGGUCGUGUUCAGGUUCUCUCAAGAUACAAGUUCAGCAUCGAGCGGAGGGUCGGCGGAAGGAUACUGUGGAGGAGACAGAGAUAUACAGGACGCUCUAAACAGAUGGCUUGGUGAGCAGUUAGCGCUGCUGGUCCCUGAAAGUGGUGUUGAUGUGGUUGAGCUGGAGGAUGAAGGCGUGUGUGUUCGCUUUAACCCUCUAAUGACUGCUGCAGCUUUAGGCACACAGCAGGCAGAUGUAGCUGCCUUGGCGGAAAAGUUAGCAGAGAUGGUCCCUAUUUUGAGCUCCACACUGCGUUUGAGACACAGUUUCCGAGAGGAAGUUCUUCAAUGCCCAGCGCUGACGUACAUUGAGGAUUUGAGCUGGGCCGGACUCGGAGCUGUGAGGUACGAGCCGAAGAGGACGGAUGUGGAUGAAGCGAAGCGACAGGUGGAAGUGGAGAAGGUCAAUGUUGAGCUGCUGAAGAAACUGAAGGACCUCGAUACAGAGCUGGAGUUCUCAGCAGGGCCUGAAUUCGGUGAAGAGAAGAACUGUGUAUUUAUCGGGAUGGUGUCCGAAGACCUGGAUGUUUCAGUGUUGGUUGAAACCAUCGCAUCUACAGGGAGAGAGAUCGAGGAGAGCGGGAAGCUGUUGGAAAACAUGACGGAGGUGGUGAGGAAAGGGAUCCUGGAGGCCGAGCUGCAGCUUCAGAAAGCUGCUGAGGAGAAACUCUUGGAGGAGGGGGUGCUGCGGCAGAUUCCUCUGGUUGGCUCGGUGCUCAACUGGAUCUCUCCGAUUCAGAGCUCGGUGAAAGGCAGAAUGUUUGAUCUGGCAGCAGGUAGCUUGGACAGCACUGAGCCCAUUUAUUCCAUGAAGGCUCAGACAAAUAAAGAGGCUUCGCCUGAAACACCCACAUCUCUGACCAAACAGCUUGCAGGACAAAAGCUGUUCCGACGCUCCACUGUCGGUUCAGAGUCGUGCAGCGAGACCAGCUCCGUCUGCCACCUCGACGAGUCUCUAAAGGACGCAGAAGUUCCUCACCCUCUCUCGGCCAAGUCAGACACGCCUCUGGAGCUCACGCAGGAAGCGGAGACGUCAGAUCAGCGCGUUCCCGAGGACCAGGAGGAGUCCGACUCGAUCAGAUAGAACCAUCGAAUCCAUCAGCGACGCCAAAUCGGCUGUACACUGUGAAGUGCACAACCUCGAUGCCUUGACCAAGUCAGACCAGGGCUGCGUUCCAGUACUGUCCGUAACACUUGCUCGUCCUCCCCCCUUCUUACUCUGCCCUGAGCUCGCUUCCUUUAUUAUAUGGAAUGAAGUGGGUUAAAUGAUAAACGUCAAGGAGCACAAGUUACCCAGAAUGCAUUGUGGUGCGUGUGGAGGAUAAAGCGUAAACAGGAGCAAUAAAAAUCUAUCACGAUGGUAGUUUCAGCUGCAUCGUAGUCAUUUUAGAUACCUGAAAGAAAUCUAGCCCCAUACAUACACACUCCUCCAACAGGGAAGUUGAAGAGUAGGUGUUAGAACAGUACUGGAACGCAGGACAGGAAGUGAAGGUUUGUUCUAGAAGUGUAACCAAUGGAACAACUGGAAAAUUUCAUCAGUGCGCAUCAUAUCACACAUACACUUACUUUACUCUCCGUUCUGUUAUUAACUGUCUGUUGGUGAAUAAUCAACAUUCUGUGUGUGUGUGUGUGUACACUGGCAUCCAGAAUCCUUUUUUUUUUUUUUAAUUCGUUAGAGAUUUUGUUUACAUUACAUUGUUGUUUUUCACUGUAGAUGGUGGGUUUAGUUUUUAGUUUCUGUAUAUUUGUUUUCAGCUACCUUUUUUUUUUUAAUUUGUAUCAUUUAAAUAAGCAUUUCUGUAAAGUUUGGUGUACUUAAUAUCCCUCGUAACAAACCCCACCCCCAUAUUUAAGGAAACAUUUAUGGAAGGAGUCUCCAGCGUCAGAGCUGAGGUUAGUUUUUUUUUUUUUGCAGUUUCUUGGUAACAGGACAAGUUGCCUUUUUUUCUCUUAUUAACUUGGAGAGAGGGGAAUAAAGAGAGGCUGGUGAGGGAAUAUAAUGUUUAUUUGUAGCUGCUAUAACGUAACAGAAGUGAGAACAGGAAGUGAAAAGUUGUCUUGACUUUCCAAAAUAUUAAAUGCAACUCUAAACGGUUUAAAAAGCAUGUUUAUGAAUAAAUUAUGAUUUGUAAUCGUAGGCAAAUUGAAUUACUGUGGUAUAAAACACUUUGAUUAGAGAUGGGGUCUAAUGGACAUUUUGAACGUUUAAUUUUUCUCUGAACUACUACUUUAAAGGCUUGUUAGUUUGGUGUUUCUUUGCCAAAAGGCAGGGGGCGCUUGGUUUUGUUUGUUUGUUGGUUGGUUUGUUUAUUGGCUUGUUUAUUGGUGUAGCCUGACGCUCACAAUUACUAAAAGUGAAGUUGAAUAUAAUGCUAUUAAUCAGCGUAAAGCCUUAUUGCACAUUUUUGUACAGGUUGUCAUAGUGUAAUCAGAAUAAGCUUUAUUUAUUCGACACUGAUUGAAAUCUGGAUUAAUAACUCCAAAUCGGAAUAUGUAAUGUCCAAUCCUUUGCAAGGUUCGAGUAUCUGCAGUCAUUCUUUUCCACUCGUUGUAAAGGAAGAACUCAUAGAUUUUUUUUUAAAAAUGUGUUAAUGUUUACUGUAAAAUGGCCCAACUGUUUGUGUUAUUUACACUGGUGAAAUUUUAUUUUACUUUUUUUUCGUGCCAUCACCACAAAGCCACUGAUGAAGUUGUUCCCUUGGCGUUGAGCCUUUAAAUAUGGUAUGAAGUUCACACGAAUCUCCUUUCACCAAUAGAUAGAUAAAUGAUCUACUCUAGAUGAUGAUGAUGAUCACACCUGUCAAUUUUUCACGUAAAACACAUUUACACGUUCAUUUGUUGAUUUAAUGUAAAUUAGUGUAGUGAUUUCUUGAAGGCUAAUGUAAAUUAAGACUGGAUGAUCUUUCAAAGCAGCUACACGGUCUUAAUUUGGUGCAAUAAAUACACUGGUAGUUGUUUCUUCCUUCCUUCCUUUCUUUCUUUCUUGUGGCAGAACAAAUUCAGUGAUGCGAGCAGAGUAGGUUAGUUUUUAUAAUCACAGAAGCUUUUCCAAAAGGCAAGUCUGUAUAUUAUAAUAAAGAUUAUGAUACCAA